AUGGAAAUUGACAGUGGCAACGUCAACCCGGUUGUCAAUGGUGACGACCAGAUGCUGACCGCAGACAUUGGCAAUAUGAACGAGAUUACCAAUUUGCUGCCGGGGGGCGACGGUCAACAGGCUUGGUUCUCCUCUGCACCAGAUUCUUGGUCUGUACCAUACACGACUGCCGGAUUCGAGUCAACGUUCCCUAGCGUUCUGAAUCCUACUGGCCUUGAGCAAUGGACUGUAGAUCCUGUCUCAAGCGCACAAGUUCAUGAUGCAUUCGCUGCUCUUACUAAUGGGGACGCUUCAUUUAUGUUACCAACAACUACUGAGCCUCAAAUAGAGCGCUUAGAGAGCGCAGUUCGGCAUGAUGUGGAGCCGCAUCAUAGACCUGCGUCAUCUACUGCAGCACAGUCACCUGCGUCUUCAUCUAGAUCAUCCACAGCAGAUCAUAUAGCGGAUCUGCAGAAUAACCUUGACAGGGAGUCUGACGCGACCAAAAAGCUUGUUCAAAUGUUUUUUUCAGAUAUUCACCCUCACUGGCCUAUUCUGCAUGCGCCGACGUUCAAAAUAGAAGAUGCUUCACAUAAUCUUUUAGGGGCUAUGCUUAUGCUUGCUAGCUGGCUGCAAGAUACGACAGAUCACGUAAAAUUGGCUCCUCUCGUAUUCGAUGCCGUGACUGCGACCCUAUUGACUACUGAGGGCAUGCUGGCCAGAGCGGUCCAUUUGAAUGGCAUUCUGAUCUUGCAGUGUCGCCAUCAAGGGGUCUUUAACGGGCAGUACGUGGAUCGCGAGCAUGAAGACCCAGAGGAUUCUCCAUUUGCGUUUUGGUUAGCUCAAGAGCAACUUCAUAGACUCGCCUUCUCUGCUCUUCGCGCCGACGCAUACUUGAGUCUUCUGGUAGACCAACCGCCUUCAGUCCGCUAUCAAGAGAUCUGUAUCCCACUUCCCAAAUCGACUCAUCUAUGGACCGCUGCUACCGAAGACGAGCGACGUAAGCUGCAAUGGAGUGAACCGGCGGGUCGCGAGAAAGCACGCUUUUGCUUUCUUGUGCGUGAUGCCCUAGAUAUGAAUAGCACUCAAACCCCCUGUCAGCUGACCGAGAUUGAUUAUCACCUUGGACUUUGUUCCUUUCAAGCGGGGAUAUGGGAAGUGGCACGCGAGGCCCACAGCUGCGAUUCUGACGAGCUCUUUGCAAAUUCUAGACCCAGAGAUCAUGUCGAAGGCUGGAGGUCCCACCUCGAUCUUUGGCGCGACAAUAUGGAGAAGGAUUGCCAGCUUCGCCAGAACUAUUUCUCCGCCUCCACAGCCAGCGCCGACCACAAGUGCGCCCCCCUGAGCAUUAUCUUGUGGCACUAUUCAGCCAUCAUACUCCACGCUCCUCUCAAAUUGCUCCAGGGACAGGGCUGUUGCUUUAAAUGCCGCGCCGGUACAGCGGGUGCAGCUAGGAAGAAUAAGGCGCGCUACCGGGGCUGGAUCGAGUCUUCCUGUGCGCGCAUCGCUGUAUGGAAUGCCGCUCAGGUAGCCAAAGUCGUGGAACGUGAAUUCACUAGCCCGACAUCUGCGAAUCGCCUCCGUCUGAAUCCACUUGCAAUCGCUGGUCUGCUGAAGAGUGCCAUCGUAAUCUGCUCGUACGCCUACAACACUGUCUCUUGCCCAGCUUGUACAGGUGGUCCACCAGUUGACCUAGUGCGUCUGUUCAGCGCCGCUGACAACGAUGAGAACUUGGCGAGAUGGAAAGUGACGGGCGAGGGUCUCGCAGAUUGGGAGCCACUGUCUUUACCUGUUUGUAGGUGCAGAUUCAAGAAUCUGGUGGAGUGGUUCUCCAGACCGCUUGCCAUGGACAAAGGGGCGGAAGCAGAAUUCAGGCGUUUUCUCGAGGGCUUAAGUAAGGCAUAG